UCCAGUCAGAGCGUGGUGCUGCGUUUUCCCCCACGCUUCGUUGCCCUAAUUCUUCAACCCUUGAUAGGUAAAUUUCUUACGCUCGCCAAGCUAUUAAUGGUUAAACUACGUCGUGGGCGUAGCGGCUCCUUGUAAUGGCGACCGUGCCGUAGAUGUUCCCAGGUUUGUGAAAAUGAAGCGAAGAAGAAGUUAUUUCUUUUAAGUAAAACGCCGAGGUUCCCCGUAGGAGGACUUUGCGUCUACAACCAUCGUCUUUAUAAGUGGCAAAUAUAGCUGUACUUUUGAACUUUUACGCUCCCGAAAUGAUGAAGCUCAAGUCAAACCAAACCCGGACGUACGACGGGGAUGGCUACAAGAAGCGGGCCGCUUGCCUGUGCUUCAGGAGCGAGAGCGAGGAGGAGGUGCUACUGGUGAGCAGUAGUCGACAUCCUGACAAGUGGAUAGUUCCUGGAGGGGGAAUGGAGCCCGAAGAGGAGCCCAAUGUUGCAGCAGCUCGAGAAGUGUGUGAAGAGGCUGGUGUGAAGGGGACUUUAGGUCGCUUGGUGGGAAUAUUUGAGAACCAGGAGAGAAAACACAGGACCUAUGUGUAUGUUCUUAUUGUAACGGAGGUGCUGGAGGACUGGGAGGACUCAGUCAACAUUGGGAGAAAAAGGGAAUGGUUUAAAAUAGACGAUGCCAUACAAGUGUUGCAGUGUCACAAGCCUGUGCAGGCCACCUACUUUGAGGCUCUCCAGGAGAGUUGUCUGACCAGUAAUGGAACUCCACUGGUGACCACGAUAGGUGGGGACCUCUCCCCUACCUACAGCAUCAAUCAGAGCUCUGUUUCUGGGAUCAGAUAACUAAAACCACAACUCUGAAUACCCCAGGAGCUUUCGCCACCACCUGCGCUCUUACUUGUGUUAUUUCUCUUCUCUUCUCUUCUCUUCUCUUCUCUUCUCUUCUCUUCUCUUCUCUUCUCUUCUCUUCUCUUCUCUUCUCUUCUCUUCUCUUCUCUUCUCUUCUCUUCUCUUCUCUUCUCUUCUCUUCUCUUUCUUUUGUCUCAGUAACAUGGUUUGCCUUGCCAACUCCUUUGUGCCAGAAAUCUGGUGCAGACUCAACAAGUGUUGGAUGAAUAGUCCAAAACACUUUGUAAAUGUAAAUGUAAUUUUUGACCCCUCUUCUUUUUUGUUUUUGUUUUUACUGACAACUGCAUGAAGUGUCCCCUCAUUCCCUUUUCCUUAACACACCCUUAGCGUGGUGUUUAUUGAAUGCAAGAACUACUUUUUACUGUUGUAAUGUAAAAGUGUAUACUUAGUGCUUAAGCUGAAGGCUUUUGGUGGUCUUUUUAAUGUCUCCAUCUUUUUUUUUUUUUUGUUUGUUUAUUUUUCUGUGAAUGAAUGUGCCCAUAAUAAGUGUACUCCCUCCCCUGUUUUAAGGAUAGGAAAAAUUGUAUCUGAACGAAAAGAAUUGUGGGAAGUGACUUGUCUUGCAUGAGCGCUAUUGUUGUUGCGUUUCACUCACUCGAGUGACCUGAUGCUGACUGUGUGACAGACAGGGUAAGGUCUUUUGGCUUUUCUUCACUCUUCUCCUGUUGUAGUUGUUCUUGUUAUGUUUUUUUGUGGUUUUGUUUUGUUGUGUUUUUUUUAAACCUGAAGGAUACGGCCCCUUAAUUUCAAUAUUCUUUCCAUUUCUGUUUUCAGCUGUGUUUCUUUCCUAUUUGGGAAGCUAGCCAAGCACUACAGGUUUCAAUUUCAGAGCAUGCAUAUAU